UCGCGGCAGUCGAGAUUCUAACAUGAGGCGCGAGACGAAUCCGACGAACGCUCUCGGAAAAGCACCGGAUUUAAACGAAAGCCAACGUUAUGCUGAACGUCGUGGAGCCGUGGAAGUUUGUUCUAACCCUGCAAUCGAUACCGCCGUUUGUUCUGGAAAGCGUAUUCGCUUUGACUCUGGCCGUGCUGUUGGCUGUACCUUUAAUUCUUCAAGUUCAGCAACUUUUCGACGGUCCUGUAAAGUCUCCCUCGAGGAGGUGCUCCGUGCGUCGUGGGAACUACAAAGCCGAGAAGAAUCAUGCGGUGGUCACGCACUAUCCUGCAUCAGGGUUCAACUCUGGCUCUAGUUCCAGCGCAGACCUGCAUCUGGGAUCUGCGCGGAGAACGAUCUCGACACCCAACAUGCAGGCCAGUGGAGACAACGUCGGGAUCCGCGAAGCCCUGGCCACUCGCCAAAACGAUAACCAGAAGACGGAUCCGACGUCGAAAAGGAACGAAUUAGCUGUGAAUCAAUCGUCUUCCUUCAUCGUCACCAGCUCGACUCUGCCCAUAGUUGACAUAUCUGCCUUCGACUACGAUGCUUACAGGCACAAGCUGAUCGACGCAGCCCUAAGGAAACGCUACGACGACUACCAGCCACCCGGAGACGUUGUCCUGAAUUCCAUUCAUUUGAACACCAACGACUCUACGGUCGCUGUGCGCUUGAACGAUCGCUAUUGCCAUAGUUUCUUCGAUUUUGUGGAAGAGUACUAUGACGCCACCAAAGGGAUGAGCAAGAAAGAGACGGAGUACUUGCAUCCUUUGGAUCACUUCCUGGUGAAAGGCACGCAGAAGCUCGAGACCACGGACAGAGAGACGGAAACUCGACCUGUCAGCGUGGUUCAUAACUCGACUGACCUGGAGGAAAAGGCACCGCGAAUUUCGUUUUACGACGAGAGUCCUGUUGCGAAUAGUUUCAGGCAGAAAAGGCAGCACAAUGAGGAUUUAGACUCGAUCAUGAAGAAAAGUUCGAAAGCGUCGAAGAUCAAACUGCUCAAUGCCGGCGUCGCUUCCUCGAUCACGAAAAGACCCACGUUUCCGUGCUCGGCAAGAAAAAAGAGUGCCACAAAGUUCCCUAGGACGACUAUUAGCACGGACUCGGUUAGCUCGAAACAGGACACGCUUUUCGGGUCACAGAAACGGGCUAAUAGAGGGGAAACCCUUUCGUCGAUCGAUGGAGGCGAGAGAGAAUCUAUGAACUGCACCACGAUCAGUUCCAUAGAUUCUGAAAGUGUUCGCAGUGAGUCCAGCAAGCAUCGAGACGACCAGUCCUGCAUCUCUCGCGACUCGUUCGUCGCUUCUGAACAUCGCGCACCAAACAGAUCUCAAACUCAACCCUGGAUGUCAGGCAAUCCACGAACAUCCUUCAACAAGAAGUACGCGAAAACUGCGAAAAUUUCGUCCAAGGCUCUCGAAACGACCAGAAACGGUUCGAUUUUGAGGAGCUCGAGCACACGUGCCAAAUUAAAGUCUGGCAAGCAGUCUGUCCAGUCGAAAAAUGGCGCAGUGGAAAACAGAAACAGUGGCAAGACUUGGUUCGCUAGAAGAAGCGACUGCAAAAGCGAUCAACUGGGAAGAUUGGAAGUGAUUCCAAGCGAGACUCAAGAGAUGGUAAACGCGAACACGUUGUCGAUGAAUAUGGUGCCGACUAUCUCGUCAACUAGGACACUGAGUAACUUAAGUGGUCAUCCAAGCCGUACAUCGCCAAAAUUCGUAACCGAAACUGCCGCAAGAGUUCAAACACCUAAGUCUAUCAAUUCCCCCAUGGAGGAAGCACCAGCUGAGCAGAAGAAGCCUGCGGAUUCGGAGUUUCCUUCGAAACAGAGCCGCGUUGACAAGUUUGCUAGACGUUACCGCGACGCGAGACAGAGAUCAAGAACCGUCAGUCCUGUGCUCGCGAAACCAGCUGCUCCUAGACGAGAACUUUCGAUGAACCUGUCGCCACCCAAAGACGAACUUGGCAAAAACGCUCCUGCGAGUUCUGACGCGAACAAAAACACCGAAAGGAAAGAGUUGACGAACGAAGACGCCAGAGAGUACGAGAGAAAGUUAUCAGAGAAUCGACGGCCGAGGGCAGGCACAAAUUUGAAAUCAAACUUCGAAGGAAAGGGGAAUACUAUCGAUUCGGGGAGUAGAAGCAAAGAUUUAAGAAGCAAAGAAGAGGAGAACGUUGCCAAACUGACGAGUGACUUUAAUCGAAGAAGGGCCGCAGGAGCUACGAAGCAUUUAACAACGACUCCUAGAUCUGGAUUUUCUACGGACAGUAAAUUUUCUUCGACUUUGAAAAUUCAGCAACAAAGAAUUGCGGGUUCAAAGGUGAGCACCAAUGCGCAGGAUUCCGUAGCAGGAGUGUUACAGGGCAGGUCGAGCAAGUCUCCUUUCAUAGACAGAAGGAGUUUGAAAACCGCCAAGUCGGAGAAAACGGAACCCAACCGAGGAGGGACGAAAGUGAACGGUCCUGAGGGGUUAAAGCUCCCUCGUCGGAACUCCAAGGCUGGCAUAGCUAUGCAAACUGGUUUGAAGAAGUAUAUAAAGAAACUGAAACGUGUGCUGUCGGAUCGUGACAACGCGGAUAUCGGUGAGCUGGCGUCUUUGAGCAUAACUGACGCUAUUUUGCCGGAUUUAGAGUCCACUUUAUCUUCGAUCGAGGUCCAGCACGUGCAAACUUUGUUGAACAUGGCGGAGAAAAAGUCAGAUCUGAUGCGAAAAGACUUGUCCGUCCUUGGGGAAAACACGCUAUGAGUAUUCUCUAUAUUUGUCUGUAUAAUGUGUAUUCUGUCAAAUACGUUUUCAAUAAUAAUUAACAAUUGAAAUUAUUAAACAUUGGGAAAAGUGUCCUGAAAAGUGUCUCGAUUUUAUUGUUCUGUAACGUGGUGUCAGUCUCCACGAUGUAUUUUAAGGGUGAGAGGAUCCCAGGUGGGAGAUAGG